UUUCAUUACCACCUUCCUUCAUUCAUUCAUCUUCUUCCUCACUCUUCAUUUCUUCAAUGAAAAUUCACUCUUUCUAAUCUGUCUCUGUUGCUUCAUACAAAAUACCCAUUUCCCUUUCAUUCUUUCUAGCUCAAACCCCAUUGCUAAGAAAUCUCUCACAACUACUUUCCUUUGUGACCUCUUAACCUUCUUCUGUUCACCAAAUUUCACUUCUUUAUAUUACUUACUUUACUUCUUUUGUAGUACCAUCUUUCUUCUGUUUUUGGGGAACAAAAAAAUGGGUUUUUGGAAAUUGGGUUUUUUUGGGAUUCUUUUUGGUGCUUUUCUCUUUUCAAUUGAUGCUGUUGAACUUCGCAGGAAUCAACCUACUGAAAGAAUUUCAGGUAGUGCUGGGGAUGUAUUGGAAGAUGAUCCGGUUGGAAGGUUGAAGGUUUUUGUUUAUGAACUUCCAAGUAAAUACAAUAAGAAAAUUCUGCAAAAGGACCCAAGAUGCCUCGCCCAUAUGUUUGCUGCCGAGAUCUUUAUGCACCGGUUUCUCUUAUCUAGCGCUGUCCGAACCCUUAAUCCCGAAGAAGCUGAUUGGUUUUAUACCCCUGUGUACACCACCUGUGAUUUGACACCAAAUGGCCUCCCUUUACCUUUUAAGUCACCACGAAUGAUGAGAAGUGCCAUACAACUUAUUUCUUCAAACUGGCCUUAUUGGAACCGAACAGAGGGAGCGGAUCAUUUCUUUGUGGUUCCACAUGACUUUGGGGCAUGUUUUCAUUAUCAAGAAGAGAAGGCAAUUGAAAGAGGGAUUCUUCCAUUGCUGCAGCUUGCUACCUUGGUUCAAACGUUUGGACAGAGGAAUCAUGUGUGCUUGAAAGAUGGCUCAAUUACCAUUCCUCCAUAUGCUCCACCACAGAAAAUGCAUACUCACUUGAUUCCUGAUAAGACUCCCAGGUCAAUUUUUGUGUACUUCCGAGGACUGUUUUAUGAUGUUGGAAAUGACCCUGAAGGUGGUUAUUAUGCAAGAGGUGCAAGAGCAGCAGUGUGGGAAAACUUUAAGAACAACCCAUUAUUUGACAUUUCGACUGAGCAUCCAACAACAUAUUACGAGGACAUGCAACGAGCUGUGUUUUGUCUAUGCCCACUUGGAUGGGCCCCUUGGAGCCCAAGGUUGGUUGAAGCUGUGGUAUUCGGUUGCAUUCCUGUUAUUAUUGCAGAUGAUAUUGUACUGCCGUUUGCCGAUGCAAUACCGUGGGAAGAGAUCGGGGUGUUUGUUGAUGAGCAGGAUGUUCCUAAGUUGGAUACCAUACUCACAUCGAUCCCACCAGAAGUUAUAUUGAGGAAACAAAGAUUGCUUGCUAACCCUUCUAUGAAGCAAGCAAUGUUGUUCCCUCAACCUGCGCAAGCCGGAGAUGCUUUCCAUCAAGUUCUAAAUGGACUUGCACGGAAGUUGCCGCAUGAAAGGAGUGUAUUCUUGAAACCAGGGGAGAAGAGCUUGAAUUGGACUGCUGGCCCUGUCGGUGACCUUAAACCUUGGUAAUAGUUGUAAUAGUUCCGAGGCGAUUAUGAUUCUUUAUGUCUUGGUCAAUCCUCCCUAAAAUGUUCAUAUGGGUUGGUAACCAAGGUGUCUUUUUUUGUUGACAUUGUAUAUUUUGAUAUUUUUGCAGACAAUUCAUUAGAUUGUAAUUCAAUUUACAAUAUGAUUGAUAUCAUGGUAUACAUACUUAUGCAACUUAUUUUGCUACCCUAGGAGUGCCUUUUUCUUUUGUAUCACUGCAUUGGAAAAUGAGUCACAAUGGCAGCAAUAGUGCAAUGCAUGUCUUUCUUGUUCUGAUGAUAGUUACUGGGUUUGGAAUAA